AGAUUGUUUUGGUUAAAGGGCUGUGGUUGUCAAAUACUACAACAAAUUUAAAAAUAUAAUAUAUAAUAUUAAAUCAACCUAUGUACAAUGACUACUAAUGAUAAUAAAUCGUACUCUCAGUAUGAUAACAAUUUUAUUGAUAAAUUGUUGGGUGAAAUGAAAAAUACGUUUAACAGAACCGAUUCUGCAAAAGUAGAAUUGAGAAAUGAAGAGUCGACUGAAUCGGUAGAAAUGAAUAGCGAGGAAACCGUGACAUCACCAAAAAAAUCAAACACGGGAACUCCAGGUCGUCGUUCAAGCAAACAAAAAGUCGAUGAAAAAACCGAAGAAAGUACAAAAAGAUACUCAAGAAGAAUGAAAAGUGCCACUAAAAAAUCGGUCUUACAAAACGCAAUUGCCAGAAAGAAGUCUUACAAUGAACCCACCAGACAAAGAUUGACAAGACAAUUGAAACCAACACAGAAGGUGCUAGAAAACAUCGCACAAGCCAAAGACGUAGUAAAAAGAGUUAAGAUGAAAGACAACACACAAAACAACAAUCAUCUAGGUGAAGGCAACUCCAAAAAAACUAGCACAACUCCUAGGAAAAAUCAAAAAGUUACUAAAAUGUUGAAAGUCAAUGAAAGUGAUGAGGAUAGUCAGUCUGAUCUAAAUUGUUCAGAGGAUGAUUUUGAAGUUGAUAAUGUUAGAUCUAUAAGGAAGUCUAGAAGAUUAUCUAAUAGUCCAAUUAAGAAAGUAGUUGAAGCAACUCCAGAUCCAGCACCAAACAUUGCUGAUCAGGUUGAAGACAUCCCAGGCCAUCCUUCCACAACAUUAAUGAGAGAAAAUCCGGAGCUGGCUUUAAGAUUAUGUCUAUGCACACAAAAGACACAUUUUUAUGUAGCUGAAGGUAAUAGUGAAGAUAUUGUUUAUUGUUCUGCUGUUGAUAGUAUUGAUGACAAAUUAGUAGGAUGCUCUAGAGAAGUCACUGUGAAUGUAUCAUCACUUAUAAGACCAUCUAGAAGGGUACCAUACAUGACUCUCUGUGAAUUACACAAAAAUAGAAUGAUUAGGCACAACUGUUGCCCAACAUGUGGCAUAUUUUGUACCCAGGGAAAAUUUGUACAAUGUGAAUCGAAUCAUCAGUUUCAUGAAAAAUGUCGUUUGAUAGUAGGUAGUACAGAAUGUUGUCCCCAUUGCGGCACCUCAUCUCCUUCCAGAGACCUCCUACUUAAAUUCAAAUGCACAAAAAAUCCCGUAUUUCUUCCUACUCAAAAAUCGAAAGGCCAGACAGCUAAAAUGACUUUUUCUAAAGCCAAAGACCAAAUCCGUAGUUCUACCCCACUUCUGAUUCCUUUAGACUCUUUUCAAAGUAUUGAAACCCUUGCCGAUGGGACAACUUUUACUGAAAACGACAUUUUGGAUGCUGUCAGCGAUGAUGACAAUGAAAAGUUGAUGUCGAUCAUUGCUUCCACUUCGGUAGAUCUUAACUUUAAACUAGACGCUUGUAACAGCGGGACACUUUUACACUAUGCCGCGCACAAAGGAUGGCUGAAAAUGUGCCAUCUGCUAGUAUCGGUAGGUCUUCACAUAAACGAAAUAGACGGGGAACAAAACACGCCGUUGAUGUUGGCUAUAACCGGACACAAGAUAGAUAUCGUACAGUAUCUAGUUAGAGCUGGAGCUGAUAUAGCCUUAAAGGGAACCGACGGUAUGACAGCUUUGCACGUAUCGUCAAAAUGCGGCAAUCUGCAGGCCUGUAAAAUUCUUCUAGAAGCAGGGGCGAGUAUUAAGAAGUACAUCGAUUGUCAGGAUGAUGGGGGAUGGACGCCGCUGGUGUGGGCGUGCGAAAAUGGGUUUUCUGAAAUCACGGACUUUCUCAUCGGCCAAGGAGCAGAUCAUAGGUUAAGAGAUGUAGAAUAUAACGAGGCUCUUCAUUGGGCUGCUUUUAGUGGCUGUUCUCAUAUCGUGGAGCUGUUACUUAAUAGAGGAUGUGAUAUAAAUACAGUUAACGCACAUGGGGAGACGCCCUUACAUAUAGCUGCUAGAGAAGAUAGAUACAAUAGCGUAAUAGUAUUGUUAGCGAGGGGGGCUAAUGUAUUUUUGGUCAACAAGAACGACGAAACCCCUUUGAACUGUGUACCUGAGGAUGGCAUGUGCCACAAUCCCAUAGCUUUAAAUAUGCAAUUACAAUCGCUCGUGAACCCUGCGUCGAGGCUAUUUACUAACAUAGUUGCCGAGGACAUAUCAAAAGGCAGAGAAUCCAAUCCAGUACAGUGUAUUAACGCCGUUGACGACGAUCUCGAACCGAAGGAUUACGUGUAUAUAACGAAAUCCAUCAUAUCGUCCGAGGGCAUUGCUAUCAAGUCGAUACCGUCGUCCCUGCAAAGGUGCACCUGCGGCGAGAGAUGCACCGGCGAGGACUGCUUGUGCGGCACAUUAUCCGUCAAGUGCUGGUACGACGAAGAUGGGAAGGUUUUUACGGAUUUUAAGUUUUCUGAUACUCCGAUAAUAUUCGAAUGUUCUGAUACAUGUACCUGCAACGCCAUCACCUGCAGAAACCGCGUAGUUCAAAGGGGUACGCAGCAUCGAUUUCAACUUUACAAGACUGAUUCAAAAGGCUGGGGAGUGAAAACUCUUAGGUUAAUAGAAAGAGGCCAUUUCGUAUGCGAAUAUGUAGGAGAGAUUUUGACUGACAGCGACGCUGACCACAGAGAAGAUGACAGUUUCGUCUUCGAUCUCGGAACUAAGGACAAGGAUAGUUUCUGCGUAGAUGCCAAAUUUUACGGCAACCUAACGAGGUUCAUCAACCACAGCUGUAAUCCCAACUUGCAUCCUGUCAAAGUAUUCGUCGAUCAUCAAGACGUGCGGUUCCCAAGGAUAGCGUUUUUCGCUCUGAAAGACAUCCGCGCAGAAGAAGAACUGAGCUUCGAUUAUGGCCAAAAGUUUUGGAUAGCUAAGUACAAAGCGUUUUCGUGUCAGUGUGGAUCUGAUCAUUGUAGGUAUUCUAAUGAAGCUAUUAAACGUCUGAUUGACGAAGAGGUUAACUUAAACGACGAGGACAGUUUGUCCAGUUAAUAAAUCAUUCCAGUAUAAUAGGUGGUUCAUAUAUUUUUACAAACAGGGGGUCACAAAUUUUAAAUCGCCAUGAAGAUUGUCUACUGAAUUUUUAUAUAUAAAAAAAUUAACUAUUGCGUUAAUACAGUCUGGCAAUGACAUGCAUUAUUAAUACGUGUGAACUCAAAAUUACACUUUUAAAAAAGUAGGGGGACAAAAAGAGAAAUUGAUUCAAAUGUCAGUCAUACUUUUAGAAAUAUUGUUGGAUACCUAUAAAAACUGAAAUAUAAAAGUGUUUUGGUACAUGACAAUCUUCUUGGUGAUAUCGUACAGAUUUUGUGACUCCAGACAUUUUGAAUGAUCACCGCGCAACUAUAUAUAAGAGUAUUAUUAUUUUUUUGAUCGUAUUAUUUGGUAUUUUCAAUAAAAGACUUGAAUUUGUUCAAAUAUAUGAACUACUUUAAGCCCAAAGCAAUAUACUUACCCAAUUGUUCGUCUCAAAUCAAAUUUGAAAACAAAAUGUGUUCUAUAGUUCUUAAGGUGACUAAGUUAUUUAUUUAUAUGGUGCUGUUGCUUUAUGUAAAAGUGGAGUUACAAAUAAAAUGUUAUUAUUU